AAACAACGACGGCAAUUGCGACAACACCAACUCUAAUGAAAUUAUUGUCACAUGAACAUGUCCUCUCAUCUCUUCCUCUCUCUAUCCGCUCUCUCUCCUGCAAUAUGUUGCUCUUCCUCCAGUCUCGCUCCAGGUUCCACCACCAAGCUUUUCCAUCUUCUGGGAGUUUGGCCUUUUGUAAACAACGACAAGCGACUUCACCUCAAUAUUCGCCCCAGUUGCAACUCCACAUGGGAACCUCUAGAAGAAAUUGACGUGCCUAUUAUGAAGUGGCAAGAGAUUGGGGAGGAUGACCUAGGAGUUGAAGGGGUCAAGGUUGCUUCUCCAUCGAGUGAGAUCGGGGAACGAGUCAAAGCAAUCAAGUUGAUGUUUUGGUCGAUGAGUGACGGAAAAAUAAGUACGUCGGCCUACGACACAGCUUGGGUUGCUCUUGUAGAGGAUGUCGGCGGGAACGGUAACCCUCAGUUCCCGGAAGCUCUUCAAUGGAUCGCAAACAAUCAGCAUCCCGACGGUUCUUGGGGUGACGAUCUCCUCUUCUGUCCCCAUGAUCGGAUCCUCAACACCUUGGCUUGUGUCGUAGCUCUAAAGUACUGGAAGAUCCAUCCUGAUAAAUGCGAUAAAGGAAUGUCAUUCUUCAAAGACAACAUAUCUAAACUCGCAGAGGAGAAGCCCGAACACAUGCCCAUUGGGUUCGAAGUUACUUUUCCUUCGCUUAUCGAGACUGCUUGGAAAUUGGAGAUCGAGAUAUGUGACGACUCUCCAGUCUUUCGAGAGAUAUACGCGAACAGGAAUACGAAGCUCAACAAGAUACCAAGUGACCUAUUGCACCAAGUGCCCACAAGUCUCCUCCACAGCUUGGAAGGAAUGAAGGAAUUGAAGUGGGAAAAGCUACUAAAAUUGAAGAACGCAGAUGGGUCAUUCUUGUUCUCUCCCUCCGCAACUGCAUUUGCAUUCUUGCAAACCAGGGAUUUGAAUUGCUUGAAUUAUUUAAGCAGAACUGUCCAAAGAUUCCAUGGAGGAGUUCCAAAUGUGUAUCCGGUUGACUUGUUCGAGCAUCUGUGGGCCGUUGACCGCUUGCAGCGACUUGGAGUCUCUAGGUACUUCAAGGAAGAGAUCAAAGAAUGCAUGAGCUACGUUUAUAGAUAUUGGAGUGAUAAAGGGAUCAGCUGGGCAAGAAAUUCGAAUGUGGCUGAUAUUGAUGAUACUUCCAUGGGAUUCAAGCUCUUGAGACUCCAUGGCUAUGAAGUGUCUGCUGAGGUGUUUGAAAACUUUAAGAGCGGGAACGAGUUCUUCAGCUUCAUGGGGCAGUUAAUAGAGCCAGUCACCGGAAUGUUGAAUCUGUAUAAGGCCUCUGAAUUGAUCUUCCCGGGAGAGAAAAUCCUUAAGGAUGCGAACAGACAUGCGGCGAAGUUUCUGAGACGGAAACAAGAAGCUAACGAGCUAUUCGAUAAGUGGAUCAUAACCAAGGACUUACCCGGCGAGGUGGGAUACGCUCUUGAUGUUCCUUGGUAUGCAAACUUACCUCGCGUGGAGUCGAGAUUUUACAUAGACCAGUGUGGCGGCCAAAACGACGUGAUUGGCAAGACUCUCUACAGGAUGGAGUACGUUGACAACGAUGUCUAUCUCGAGCUUGCCAAGCUGGAUUACAACAAUUGCCAAGCUUUGCACCUCUCAGAAUGGGACAAUUUUCAGGGGUGGUACUGCGAGAGCAAACUCGUCGACUUUGGGAUAAGUGGGAAGACUCUUCUCUAUUCUUACUUUACGGCGGCAGCAAGCAUUUACGAACCGGAAAGGGCGGGAGAGAGACUUGCAUGGGCCAAAGCGAGAGUGUUGGUGGAUGCAAUCGCCUCGUACUUGGAGGGAGAGGGAGCCACUCGUGAGCAAAGAGGAGCCUUUGUUCGCGCGUUUCAGCAGUUCUCCAGGAAACAGAAGCACACAAGCGGAAGGAGCUCCAUUUUGGAUGAGAGAGGAGAAGGGCUCAUUGCAGCUCUGCUCGGAACCGUAGACCAGCUCUCAUUGGAAGUCUUGGAGGCCCGCGGUAAAGACAUUAGCCAUCCUCUACGUGCUGCGUGGGAAAAGUGGCUGGUGGGAUAUGGAGAGGAAGGAGAUAAGUACAAAGGAGUGGUCGAACUCCUCGUGCAGAUGAUAGCUCUCGGCGCUUGCAACAGUCUUCUCUCGGACGACCUCUCGUCUCAUCCUGAAUGCCACCGUCUCUGCAAUCUCACCAGCACGAUCUGCCGUCAGUUGGCUCAUCACCAAACCCAAAAGGUACGUAAAAACGAGAACGACCAGAUAGAAAUGGCCAUGCAAGAGCUGGCGCAACUGGUGCUCCAGAAUUCAACUCGGGGGCUCAAUAGAGACGUGAAGGACGCGUUCUUUGCUGUCACGAGGAGCUUCUACUACACUGCCCAUUGCGAUACCGGGACAAUCAAUUCCCACAUUGCCAAAGUGCUCUUCGAGAGAGUGAACUAAAACUCCGUAACAUAAACUUUUAUAGCAAAUAAUGCAGGUUGAUGUAUAAAAUUGGUACACUCGAUGGCAUGAUGGAUUAUAAUCAGGCAUUUAAA